GGAUAUGGUAUCCGGGCGGAUACCCGCCACGGGACGCGAUAUUCCACCGUUCCCCCCGGGGCGCCGCUCCCUGCUGAACCAGUCCACGUCCAGAGAAGCAUCGACGAAAUUUCUCUGCUCUUUAAAUUAUGGCAACUACUCCAAUACUAUAAUGCUUGGUGGCAGUUAAUCGCCUUCUCAAUGACGCCAAGAAAGUAAACCUCCCAGCGAGUGGAGGACGACUUCUUCUCGAUCGCAGACCAGGAGGAGGUACGCUAUGGCUUUCCUUCUCGAUUUGGCUUAGAGUUCGGUUCCUUCUUGUCAUGCGUUGGAUUUCGGUUUGAUCUCCCCUUUCUUGUUUUCUUGGAUGGGUUCGGCUGUCAAAUUGUUUUCUUUGGAUGGGUUUGCCUAUUAAGUUGUUUUCUUGGAUCGUAUGUGGAUCAACAGAGGAGGAUUUAGAGCCGACUCGGUAGAUUUCUUUCCCCAUGUGGACUUCUUUGGAGCCGGAGUUUCUUGAUCGUUCUGGUUUAAGAUUUGUUUUGUCGUUAAUUCUGUUUGUAACAUGGGAUUUAAAGCUCUAAAUUUUCUCUACCUUUGUGGAGUCAUGUUUGUCGCUGGAGGUCGAUUUCCUUCUCGAGAUCUUCCCGUGGACCUUUCUGAGUUGAAUAUGCGUGAGGUAUAAAUGGAAGCGGAGCCAAGAUUGUACCGUUAGCUAGUUGUGAGUUCGUAACAUGGUCAAGUGGAAUGCUUAGGUGAAAUUGCAUGCCUAGUGGUAAAUCGUCUUCUGGCUCAUAGAUUUGGGCUUAUCUGUUAGGUAGAAUUGUUACUCGUGGCAUGAUUCCAAGAGUUGAAAAUCUUCAAUCAAGAUUGUAAGAAACUGCAAUCAAUUACUCAUGUGGUAGUGUGAACAAAUUUAAGCCGUCGCCUCAGGGCCGACGUGGCUUGGUUCGGGUCCGGAUGACGGGGGAUCUCCCGGGGACGUGUCCCGAGACUGCUGAGGCAGCCGCUUGUAUGGGUCUGAUUGGGAUGGGGUCGCUAUCCUCUCCGGGCAGGAACUCCUUGCCUACGCAUCCUGUGGGGACCGUCGGCUUUACACUUGCAUAAAGGUCGGGUUGGGGUGCUCGGCCCGACCCAUCCGACGAUCAAGUCAGUGUAAGGUGAAGGGGGUUUCUUUUUGCUCUCUCCACUUCCCCUCAGAGCGUAAGGGUUUUUAUAGUAAGAAUUACCGUUGCAUGACGUGCCUGCCCGCAGGGAGCAGGAUCAUACUUCUGAUAGUGUCUGACAUUGCCGUUGGCGUGGCGUGAGGGAUCGAGCCUGAACAGGGUAUUAAUGUGCCUCGGUAGGCAUUCCGGUCCGCGUUGACCGGGUGGCUCAUCAAGUUGACAGAGGCGAGGUGCGUCACCUGAUGCAGCUGAUGUCACGUGAGUCUUAUCGCAAUUAUUACCUUCAUCAUAUUCCCCCCCGAAGGAAGCUAUGCGUCGGCUGUAGUAAUGGGGUUCCGAGGCAUGGCUUCAGCUUCGAGAAAGUGUUCUUGCCUGGGGCUUGCCGGUCCGACGCCCAUGGCGUGGGAGGUGUGGAGUUUAGCGACGAAGGGGGGUUGCGUGCACAGUGAUGACCCUGGGUAUUGUGCGGCCGAGGAGCACAACUCAGUCGAGCGGGUCGAGCAAAGGCUAUGGUCUCGGGGAGGGGGGAGCUCAGGUGCAUGACGCAGGCGGGCUAGUCGCGCAGGUGUGGCCUCGGGCGACAUGCGACCGAGGAGCACGACACAGGCAGGCUGGCCGUGCAGGUGUGGUCUCGGGCAACAUGCGACCGAGGAGCACGACGCAGGCGGGCUGGCCGCGCAGGUGUGGUCUCGGGCAACAUGCGGCCGAGGAGCACGACGCAGGUGGGCAGGCCGCGCAGGUGUGGUCUUGAACAACAUGCGGCUGAGGAGCAUGACGCAGGCGGGCUGGCCGCGCAGGUGUGGUCUCGGGCAAUAUGCGGCCGAGGAGCCACUUGGUCUUGAUCAUCAAUCCAUCGCUUAGUGACGCGCGGGCACGGGAAGCCGGGUCACUUCCUAGGGAAGCCCAAGGGACCGUCACUUUCGGGGGUCACUGGUUUUCGAGGCCGAUAAGAUCAGCGCUUCAGUAUCCGCACCGCGCGCCAGUUGGCUGCCACGUCAGGCCAAAUUUAUGGCGAAGCGACGUUCGCGACAUGCUUCAGGAGAGGAAGGGUCGUUGUUUUGGCGGGAUUUGGCCUAUAAAUAGUGUGCGGUUGGCUUCCUGCACCUCCUGUUACUUGCAUUCGCCCAGUUGUUCAUUCGGACUGUGUUGCUCCGUCCGAAUCUGCUAUCCUGCUAUUCCUUCCUAAGGUCGGUGAGGAUGGCUUCCCCUUCUUCCUUGCCCUCGUCUUCUUCACCGUCUACCUCCGGUAAUAUCGGAGAGAAAAUAUUGCCGCUGAGUCUGAACUUGUCGUCCGACGAGAAAGCGGCUAAGGCUCUCGAAGCCUUAAUGUGGCCGCACGACCUCGACUCUACCGUGAGCGAGUCGUCCAUUGGUUACCUCCGAGGCCUUUACGUUGUCCUGGAGGAGUUCGUUCUUACUGCCCCCGAGCCGGGGCAGCGGGCAUACGACCCUGUCCCAAAGGGUUUCGCCCUGACUCUGGAUGCCUUCGAGGCCGGGCUACGCCUCCCCCUGCAUCCCGUCAUCACCUCAUGCAUCUCGUGGUGGCGUAUUUCCCCGUCAUAGAUGGCACCGAACUCCUGGCGCUAUCUGGUGGCGUUCCUAGGGGAGUGCCACUACGCCAACAUCACCCCGACCCGAUCCCUCUUCCUCUCCUGUUUUCGCCUUUCCAAGGGGUCGGGGGGCUACUAUCUGUCAACCCGAGCGGGCUUCUGGGUUAGCGGGGCCCCUUCCAGUAAUAAGGGAUGGAAGGGGCAUUUCUUUUUUGUCUGUCGUUCAAAGGAUUAGGGCUUCAGGCUCCGGUGGGCGGCGCGCGUGAUUGACAACACCACUCCAUCCCUGAACGAUGAGGAGCUCAGGGACCUUUGGCGGCUUAAGGAGAUUCUCCCAGCCUCUCGGGCCAUCAGGGAGAUGACCGAGGGGUGGUUGGUCGAGGGGGGUCUUAGCCCGACGCCUCGAGAGAUGGUGAACCUCGUCGCUGUGCGCGGGGGGGGGGCGCACUUCGUCGGUCGCGUCGUCGCGUCAAAUGGCCGAACCUGAGGUUGGCACAAAAGAAGCGCCGGUAGAACUUGAGGUCAGCAGACCUCGGAAGAAGUCGAAGAUCUUUGCCCAGAAGGAGGAUAUGCCGCCACCUCGGGUUCGUGAGGUCAUUGUUGAACCAGGCCACUGCGGUCGGCGACGGGACCCUGGUCGGGGCGAAGCUGGCCCGAGCAAUGAGGUGGCAGGGAAGGCACCUCGAGAACCCUCUAUCCGCGACCUGUGUCACCUCACUGCGGGAGCACAAGAUGAGCCCUAUCAAGCUCUAGUGAUGGGCGGACUCUUGGAGGGCCAACCCUCCGACCCGCUGGUCGCCCGGUGGGCGGGCCUGACCCGCGGGACCCGGGUGUCGGCUGAUGGGGAGGCCGCGGCCUCCUUUGCGCGAGGCGGGCUUCAUCCGACAUAGCUCGGGAUCUGUACAGCCUGCCCUCGGACGUUUUGUUGGGCAAGUCUGCCAAGUCAUUGGUGUGGAGCCAUCACUAUUCCACGGUGUUGAUGGACUGCGUCCGCGACGCGGGCCGGGUCCUCGGCGUUUUGGGCGAUCGCAACGCCCAACUGCGUCGGCAGAUCGAAGAGGUCCGCGAGGGGGCGGCUCUGGAGGCGAUCGCUGCAGCCGAGCAGCGCGCUUCCGACCUGGAGGCGGAGGUGACGCGCCUCUCCGCUAUCUCGAGGGCGGUCGAGCAGUGCGCCUCGGAGCUGGAGGCAGAGUCGGCACGCCUCACAUCUGAGGUGAAGGCUGCAAAGGAUAACAAUAACGAGCUCCAGAAGCUCCUGAGGGUGACUAAAACCGAGGCUCGCUUGGCUCGAGAUGAAGCGGCGAGCCUUGCGCGAAAGCUAGAGGAGGCCCGGGCCGAGGUAAAGGGGGCUUCCGAUGCCCUGACCGCCGAGAUGAGUCAGCGGCCGGAGAGAGACAUAAAGCUGAUCGAGGACUAUAAGGAGUCCUCAGGCUUUCAGCUCGGUCUGGUCCGGUCGGGGUGGGUUACCUACGAAUAUGGGUACCGGAUCGCAUUGGCUCGCUUCAAGGCGCGCCACCCCAGCUUGGAGGUCGAGGAGAACCCCUUCGCCUCCUACUCCGAAGACCUGAGUGUUGACAUGCCAAACGAAGUCCCUUUUGACGAUAGCGCCAAAGUCUCUGAGAAAUAGGGUAGAACUUUGUGAUGACCUGUUACUUGUCUGGUCCUGUAACCGGGUUUUGACUUCAACAAAAAUCCUCGUUUCAGCUUCUUCCUUGUCUGCUUCACCCUUCCUUUAUGCGAAGAAUUUCUUGAGAUUUUGCAUGUUCCAUGUCCUCGGCAAAGGGUGGCCAUCAUUGGUCGCGAGUCGAUAUGUGCCGACUCGGACGAUGUCGAUAACCCGAUAAGGUCCUUCCCAAUUAGGGGCGAGCUUGCCGCGCGCUCGGGUCGGGUCACUGACUUCGGUCCUGCGUAGGACUAGGUCGCCCAAUUUAAUCGGUCGAGGGCGUACCUUGUUGUUAUAGACUCUCGCGAUAGCCCUCUUGUAAGAGAGGUCUUUCACGUGCGCGUCUGCGCGUCGCUCUUCGAUCAGGUUGAGGCCGGCUCGCAGUCCUUGGGCCGAUGUCUCUUCAUCGUAUUUCUCCACCCGAGGGGUAGGGAAAACCACUUCGGAGGGCAGGACGGCCUCGGUCCCAUAUGAGAGGCUAUAGGGAGAUUCUCCGAUUGCGGUUUUGGGGGUGGUCCGCAGGGACCAUAGGAUACUGGGGAGCUCUUCCACCCAAGCCGAUCGGGCCGCGGUCACCCUCCUCCUGAGUCCGUCCAAAAUAGAUCGGUUGGUUACCUCGGCCAACCCGUUCGUCUGAGGGUGGGCCACCGAGCUGAAUCUCAGCUGAAUCCCAUAGUUCGCGCAGAACUCUCGGAACCUUGUGUUGGCGAAUUGGGAUCCGUUGUUUGUGACGAUGGCUCUGGGUAAGCCGAACCGAGUCACGAUAUUUCUCCAGACAAACUUCUCCACUUGUCGUUCCGCGAUCGUUGCUAGCGGCUUGGCCUCGGGCCAUCUGGUGAAGUAGUCUACUCCCACUACAAUAUAUUUCCGUUGCCCCGAGGCCGGAGGGAAAGGGCCAAGGAGGUCCAGUCCCCAUUGCGCGAAUGGCCAUGCGUAGUCAAUGGGGGCGAGCGGGACUGCAGGUUGCCGGGGCGUUCGGGCGUGCCUCUGGCACGGGCUGUACUUCUGCACAUAAGAUUUUGCGUCUUGGACCAUGGUGGGCCAGUAGUAUCCUUGGCGAAGGAUCUUGUAGGCCAAGGUCCGACCAGCGAUAUGCUCUCCACAAAUCCCCUCGUGGACCUCAGCUAGGAUCGUCUGAGCUUCUUCCGGCUCGAGGCACCGUAGUAGAGGUUUCGAGAAGGACUGCUUGUAGAGCCGUCCGUUUACCUCGGAAUACCAUGCUUGCGUUCGGCGAACGCGCCGAGUCGCGGCUUCGUCGUCGGGAAGAAUCCCGUCGCGUUUUAAGAGCAGCAUCUCCUGUACCCACGUGGCACGCGCAUCGGCGGGAGCUAUAGCCGAAACCGAGAUGGCACGGAAUGGGAGCUCUUUAACCUCGGAGUGGGUUCUGUGGUCCGGCCCUGAGGCCAGCUUCGCCAACUUGUCGGCUUGUUCAUUUUGGCUCCUCGGCACCCUGGAUAUCGUAAAGAGAGAGAAUUUGGAGGCUAGGCUUUUUACCUCCGUUAAGUACUUCACCAUGGUUGGUUCCCUGGCCUCAUACCUGCCGUCGAGUUGCUCGGCCACGAGCUACGAGUCAGUGAAGACGUGGAUGGCGUUCACCUGCAUCUCGAGGGCCAGCUUGAGUCCUGCCAGGAGCGCCUCGUAUUCGGCUUCAUUGUUGGUUGCUCGAAACUCGAAGCGAAAGGAUUGUUCGAACGAGCGUCGGUCGGGGGUCAAGAGUAUCAAUCCCGCUCCCGCACUACUUGAGGUAGCCGAGCCGUCCACGUGUAGUAACCAUGCCUCCUCUGGCUGCUCGGAACUUCCAUUCUCGUUCUGAACAAGUUCCGCGAUGAAGUCGGCCACGGACUGGGCUUUGAUAGCAGUCUUCGGUACAUAACGUAUGUCGAAUUCUCCGAGUUCUAUCGACCACUUGAGGAGCCGUCCUGCGACAUCAAAUUUAGAUAGAACCUACCGGAGCGGCUGGUCGGUGAUUACCUCAAUCGGAUGAGCUUGGAAGUAGGGGCGUAGCUUCCGGGAUGUCAGCACGAGCGCCAAAGCAAGCUUCUCGAUUGGCGGAUAUCAUUCUUCGGGCCCGUUCAGGACAUGGCUGAUGUAGUAGACCGGUAGCGGAUCCCCAGAGGCCUCUUUGGUUAGGACGGAGCUGACUGCGUGCUGGGAGGCGGCUAAAUAAAUACCGAGUUUUUCCUUGAAAGCGACCGAGGCAAGGCGGGGGAGGUUGGCCAAGUGUUGCUUGACUUGUCCGAAAGCCUCUUCAUACUGCUCCGUCCAUCGGAAGUCCUUCGGGUUCUUCAAUGCCCGAAGAGGAGGCAGCGAUCACCAGACCAGGACAAAAAUCGGGACAAGGCAGCAAGCCUUCCAUUCAGUCGCUGCAAGUCCUUGAUCGUCCAGGGGGCCUGCAUGUUGAUGACUGCCCGAACCUUUUCCAGGUUCACGUCGAUUCCUCUUUCAUGCACGAUGAAUCCGAGGAACUUUCCCGAGCUGACGCCAAAAACGCACUUCGCCGGGUUUAGUCGCAGGCUAUGCCUCCGUAGCGUGGAGAAUGUCUCGGCCAAGUCGGUCAGGUGGUCUGCCGCCAUGCGACUUUUCACGAUCAUGUCGUCGAUAUAGACCUCGACGUUCCGCCCGAUCUGCGGGGCAAACAUUUUGUUCACGGCCCUCUCAAGGUUGUGGGGAAUGCCCUGCACAUCAAAGCGUCAGAGGUUCCAUACAGCGCCAUUUGGGCGCGAAAGGCUGCUACGUGGUCCGCUGGGUCGGUAGAGCGUCAUAUACAUCCAGAGAGGGGAGACGGAAGUUCAGGGGUACUGUUUGAUCCCGUAUUUCAGGGACGAAUGGGGAUCCCUGGUGUGCGUCCUCCCCAAGCUCUCCUUUCGGCCUGCGGACCUCCUUCUGCACCUCGUCAAGCCGUUGACUGACGAGGAGCAGCUGGGCUCACAGGGAGUCCGCUGAGUCUGAAGAAGGUGCCUCAGGCUCCGUGUGGCCUCUCUGGUCUGCCGUCACUCGAUCCCCGAGUGGGAAUGACGGGACCCGAGGCGAGGCGGGAAGCUCCAGAGGCGGUGUGCGAGCUUGAACGAGCGGCUCCUAUUGUCGCAGCGGUUGAGCGAUCGGCGGACGAGAAACGAGUGGGAUGAUGGAUUGCACCAUAUCGGUUAGAGCUUGAACUUGAUGGGUGAGGUCGAGAAAGGCCUCAGACGAGACGGGGGAUGGGUCAGUAGAUGGGGCGUGGGGUGGUGACAAGCCCGGGUCGUUGAAUAUCCGCCAAUAGCGCUCUGAGGUGGUGGCGGGGUGUUCGUUGCGGGGACCCCUAUAUGGGGAAUGUUCCCCUAGGGCUCCAAUCGGAUGUGACCCCUCAGCAGCAGGCUCGUCCGAUCCAACCGGGUGAUCUCUCGACAUUCGGGCCCUUCCUCUAGCGCAAAAAAUGUUAGUGUGAACAACUUUAAGCCGUGGCCUCGGGGCUGACGCGACUUGGUUCGGGUUCGGAUGAUGGGGGAUCUCUCGGGGACGUGUCCCGAGACUGCUGAGGCGACCGCUUGUGUGGGUUCGAUUGGGAUGAGGUUGCUAUCCUCUCCGGGCAAGAACUCCUCGCCUGCGCGUCCUGUGGGGACCGUCAGCUUUACACCUGCAUAAAGGUCGGGUCGGGGUGCUCGGCCCGACCCCUCCGACGAUCAAGUCAGUGUAAGGUGAAGGGGGUUUCUUUUUGCUCUCUCCACUUCCCCUCAGAGCGUAAGAGUUUUUAUAGUAAGAAUUACCGUUGCAUGACGUGCCUGCCCGCAGGGAGCAGGAUCGUACUUCUGAUAGUGUCUGACAUUGCCGUUGGCGUGGCGUGAGGGAUCGAGCCUGAGCAGGGUAUUAAUGUGCCUCGGCAGGCGUUCCGGUCCGCGUUGACCGGGUGGCUCAUCAAGUUGACAGAGGCAAGAUGCGUCACCUGAUGCAGCUGAUGUCACAACAGCCUGUAGUUCUUGUUCUUGCUGCUUUCCACUACUACUUGAAAAAGGCUGGUGAUUAGUUUAGUCUGUGCAAUAGAUGCUGGUGUUCGUGAUCAUGAAAUUCAGUUCUCUUUAGUAGGCACUGCACUACAAUUAAGCUGAAGCUAUGAAUCAUCGGGAGGAUAAAUUUGUGAGGUUUCAUGACUGGAGUUCAGAGCAAUCCCUGGAUUCAGAAAGGGCUUUUUUAGGCAGAAAACAGAGAAGUCUUAGUUCAGCAAAAAGGAUUUUUCAAGGAGGAUUUGAUUGGGUCAGAAGCAUUUUUAAGUUUCAGUCUUCUACAGAUUCAUCUGCAGGGGUACCAAAGUCUAAAAAGAAAGUUCUAGAUCCUCAAGGAGCGUUUCUUCAAAGGUGGAACAAAAUAUUUGUCAUAUCCUGCAUAGUUGCUGUGUCUGUGGACCCCUUGUUCUUCUACAUUCCAGUUAUUGAUGGUGACAAUAAUUGUCUUUAUUUGGAUAAAAAACUAGAAAUUGCUGCAAGUGUACUGCGGUUUUUCACAGAUAUCUUCUACUUGGUCCAUAUUGUUUUUCAAUUUCGAACUGGGUUCAUCGCGCCUUCAUCUAGGGUAUUUGGAAGGGGAGUUUUAGUCAAAGAUUUGUCAGCAAUAGCCAAGCGAUAUUUAUCAUCAUAUUUCCUAAUUGACAUUCUUGCUGUUUUUCCACUUCCACAGAUUAUGAUAUUGCUCAUAAUACCCAAACUUGAAGGUUCAGCACUCCUGAAUGCAAAGAAUGCACUGAUGAUUGCUGUUAUAUUCCAAUACGUGCCAAGAGUUCUUAGGAUCAUACCAUUGUAUCUUGAAGUUACAAGAUCUGCUGGUAUAAUUGCUGAAACAGCAUGGGUUGGAGCUGCUUUUAACCUUUUACUUUACAUGCUUGCAAGUCAUAUACUGGGAGCAUUUUGGUAUUUUCUUUCUAUAGAACGUGAAGGCACUUGUUGGAGAAAAGCUUGUGCCCAACUUGAUUGCAAAAUUGACUCUUUAAUCUGUGGACAGCAAAACAACCCGAAGAAUAGUUCCCUGGGAGAUGCUUGCCCUAUAAGUCCCAAAAAUGGGACUAUCUUUGACUUCGGAAUAUAUCUACAAGCUCUGCAAAAUGUUGUUCAAUCAGAAAAGUUCUUGGAGAAGUUUUUUUAUUGCUUUUGGUGGGGGCUUCAAAAUCUAAGUUCUCUUGGACAAAACCUUAAAACAAGCACUUACAUUUGGGAGAAUAUUUUUGCUGUUUGUGUUUCCAUCUUUGGCUUAGUUCUGUUUGCGCUUCUCAUUGGCAAUAUGCAGACAUAUCUACAAUCAACUACUGUCAGAAUAGAAGAAAUGAGAGUAAAAAGGAGAGAUGCAGAGCAGUGGAUGUCUCACCGAUCCCUUCCUGAGAGCCUAAAGGAGAGAAUACACCGUUAUGAGCAGUAUAGGUGGCAAGAAACAAGAGGAGUAGAUGAAGAGCAUCUUCUUCAUAACCUUCCUAAAGACCUUCGAAGGGAUAUAAAGCACCAUCUCUGCUUAUCACUCCUCAAGCGGGUUCCGAUGUUUGAGAAGAUGGAUGAUCAACUCAUCGAUGCCAUGUCUGAUCGUUUGAAACCAGUUUUAUACACUAAAUGCAGCUGCAUCGUUCGUGAAGGAGACCCAGUAAAUGAAAUGCUCUUUAUUAUGCGAGGAAAGCUAGAGAGCAUGACCACUAAUGGUGGAAGAACUGGAUUUUUCAAUUCAGACAUUCUGAAGGCUGGAGAUUUCUGCGGGGAAGAGCUUCUGACCUGGGCUCUAGACCCCUACUCAUCAUCCAGCCUCCCUAUCUCGACAAGGACAGUUAAGACACUAUCUGAAGUCGAAGCUUUUGCUCUGAUGGCUGACGAUCUGAAGUUUGUUGCUACACAAUUCAGAAGGCUGCAUAGCAAACAACUGCAGCAUUCAUUUAGAUACCAUUCGCAGCAAUGGAGGACAUGGGCUGCUUGUUUUAUACAGGCAGCUUGGCGUAGAUACUCGAGAAAGAAGCUUGAAGAUUCUUUGCAUGAAAAGGAGAAAAGGUUGCAGGCUGCAAUGGUCAGCGGCGGUGCUAGUUCACCGAGCCUUGGCGCCGCGCUGUACGCUUCGAGGUUUGCAGCGAAUGUGCUGCGCAACUUGCGCCGACACAAGAGCAGGAAGGCCCCUCCUUUGAUGCUAUUGCAGAAGCCAGCAGAGCCUGAUUUUUCUGCUGAAUAAGCAUUGGUGCAUAGCCUCCCGCCGAAUUGUUCUUCUUGCUCCUAGUUACUACCGUACUCGUGCCUUUCCAAAAAUUAUUUUUGUUUUUCUAAAUAUAUAUUCAAAAGAAUGUAGCAGCAAGUUAUGGUGUAUAUAUCAAGUUGACUAGGUCAUUUCAUUCUAUGUCAACCACCUGGGUUAGUUGUGCAGCCAUACAUGUAUUCUGGUUAGAUGUCAAAGUUCCCAUGAAAGACUAGUGUAGAAAUAUAUGAAAACUUAUGUUGGGGAUGUGGAAUUAUGCUACUUGUAGAUUGUGAAUUAUAACAGAAGCAUUCUUGUAUUGAUUUCUCAA